CCGGGGCCGCGCUGCCAUUGCCCGGGCGGCUGUCAGUCAGGCGGGGAGCGGCCGCGGAUUGGCGCCGGGUUGGUUACGCACGGGCUUUGCGCGCACAUACAAGGGUAGGGCGGCGCGGAGGCGAUCAAACCUCAUCAGGGCCACGGCUCCAUCGCCCCGACAGCGCGGGCCGGCGGCAAGGACCGGGCCGACCCCGCUCCGCCGCCUGAGGACCGAGCGUCGGCGCCGCGGGACGGACCGAGCACUGCGCGGCUCUGCCGCUCGGCCGGGGGCUCUUUUUGUUGCGUUCGUUUUGGGGGUUUUUUUUGUUUGUUUUUGGUUUUUUUUUCCUCUUUCUCUUCUUCUUUUUUUUAAAAAAAUUUAUUUGUAUUAGGGUUUUGUUGUUUUUUUUUUUAACUUUCCUGCGGGACGUUGGAGGAAACCCGCCCGGCUGUUAGCAUGAUGUCUUACCUCAAGCAGCCCCCGUACGGCAUGAACGGGCUGGGGCUGCCGGGCCCCGCCAUGGACCUGCUGCACCCCUCCGUCGGGUACCCGGCCACCCCACGGAAGCAGCGCCGGGAGCGCACCACCUUCACCCGCUCACAGCUGGACGUGCUGGAGGCCCUGUUUGCCAAGACGCGCUACCCCGACAUCUUCAUGCGGGAGGAGGUGGCCCUGAAGAUCAACCUGCCCGAGUCCCGAGUGCAGGUCUGGUUCAAGAACCGCCGUGCCAAGUGCCGGCAGCAGCAGCAGAGCGGUGGUGGAGCCAAGAGUCGCCCAGCCAAGAAGAAGUCGUCACCGGCCCGUGAGAGCUCAGGCUCAGAGAGCAGCGGGCAGUUCACACCGCCGGCAGCUGCCUCCAGCUCCUCGGCCUCCUCCUCCUCCUCCAGCUCGGCCUCAUCAGGGGCGGCAGCGGCGGCUGGGGCUGCCCCGGCCUCCUUGGGCACGACGGCCUCAUCCAUCUGGAGCCCGGCCUCCAUCUCUCCUGGUGCGGCCCCGGCCGGGGUGACGGUGCCCGAGCCCCUGCCACCUGCCGGCGCGUCCUGCAUGCAGCGCGCGGGGCCCGCAGCCUCCGCCAGCUACCCCGUGUCCUACGGCCAGGGCGGUGGGUACGGGCAGGGCUACCCCGCACCGCCCUCCUCGUCCUACUUCGGGGGAGUGGAUUGCAGCUCCUACCUGGCCCCCAUGCACUCCCACCACCAUCCCCACCAGCUCAGCCCCAUGGGGCCCUCCUCAGUGCCGGGCCACCACCAUCACCACCCGCUGAGCCAGAGCUCGGGCCACCACCAUCACCACCACCACCACCACCACCAGGGCUAUGGCGGCACCGCGCUGCCCUUCAACUCCUCCGACUGCCUGGACUACAAGGAGCCGGCCGCUGCCGCCUCCUGGAAGCUCAACUUCAACUCCCCUGACUGCCUCGACUACAAGGACCAGGCCUCCUGGCGCUUCCAGGUCUUGUGAGGGCCUGGCCCCACGCCGACCCCCACCCCAGGCCUCCUCCCUGCUUCAGCAGCGGCCCCCUCUCUCCUGACUGAUAUUUAUUUGCAUCCCGUGCCCUUCCGGCCGGGUUAUUAUAAUUAUUAUUUUUUUUAAAUGGAACAGAAGAGGACUUGGCACACACAAACCCAAAGGCUCCCUGCUCCUGAUUGGCUCCCUCCCGCAGGCGGCCGCGCUCUGGGGAUGGAAGAGCACCGGCUCUAGCUCAGCACUGCGGCCGUUCCCUUCAGCUGACGCUCCUGGGCCGCCACUGCUGGCAACGAGCCCAACACAAAAACACAACUUUCCAAUUUCCUUUUAUUUUUUUCUUUAUUUUUUUGUUUUUAAUUUCGUUUUUAUUUCUCAGUUUUUCUCCCCUACCGGGAGCCCCUCUCACCACCUCCGUCCAUCCGUCUGUUCGCGAGGGGCCGGAGAGGCCAGAGAGGAGAGAGAAGUGAAGGAGGAGGAGGAGGAGGAGGAGGAGGAGGGGAGGGAAGGGCUGCUCGGCCAACCCGUGACCCACAGACCAAAAAAACAAAAAGCUUUUUGAAAAAAGUUUAAAAAAUAAUAAAAAGGAAAGAAAAACGGGGAAAAAAGUUUUGGGUGUUUUUUUGGUAUUUUUUUUCGUUUUUACGUAGUUUUUUCUUUUUGUUUUGGGGAGGUGGGAGAGCGGGAGGGAGCUGCUCUCCUUUGGAGUUUAUGUGGUUUCCUGCCUGCUCCAUUGGCCCCGUAGCUCCCUCAUGCACGCAGUGCCCACCAGCAGACCCCAAAUCGAAUCCCGUGCUUACUCGCGGUGCUCUCUCCCCAGGGGCUCCCAGCAGGACGGGCUGUGCGGGGGCACCUCUCUGCGGGUGCGGGCUCCAGGCUGCUUUUAAUUAACGCUGCUAAUUGGUUCCCUGGCCGGGCUGCACCACGUUUCCCCGUGCGGGGUGGGCAAGCGCUUUCCGAAAGGGUUGAAACCCCACUGGGUGUAGCGCUAUGUGCUGAGGGCCCACGGGUAGUUCUGCUCCGAGGGGGGAUGCAUCAGCCCGGAUGGACAGACAGCACGGUGGGUGCACAGAGGGAUGCUCGACACCGAGAUUUCAGCCGCGCUGCCGGCGUUUCCCUGCACCCGCUGCCGGCUGCGGCUCGGUGGGAAGGGGAGGGGGAUUAUUUCUCAUGGCGAUUUCCACCCCCCAUCCCCAUUCAUUUUCCAGCCUCGGUCUUUUCUCAGUUCUCACAAGGGCAGCCCGGAGUGCUCCCAGUCCGGAGGGGAGAGGGGGGACGGCAGAGGCAGUGGGGUGCUACAGGUGUUUUGGGAAGAUCUGGAGCACUGUUGGGUCUCCCACGCCAGGGCACCAGGUGGAAUCGCCA